UGAUUUAUACAGAAAAAAAUACAGGAAAGCAUUAUGUGCCAUAUAAAUAAAGUGUUUUUUUGAGAUUUAUGUUUUUUAACGCGGAUUUUCUUUAUUUGAUUACCGGAUAAUACAAAAAAGAAUGACGUGGUGCAUUUUCUCACUGGCGGUGACGCUAACGGUCGCGUACGUCGACGGCAGAUACUCCCCGCCGCCGGAUAUUGGGUAUCCUGUAGGAUACAUUCCAGAAUGUCCAGGAGUAACAAAGAACGCGACGAUUACCACCAGCUCAUUGCCACUUCUUCAAGUGGUGCUUCAUGAAUGGCGGAAUGGCGAGGUGUACCGCAAGAGUAUGCCAGUCGCGACUGCCAACAGGAUGGUGGCCAAGGAGAAACAUGUUGAUUUCAAGAACAAAAAGACAGUGCUGCACGCCGUGGGCUACAUCGAUAGCUCCAUCUUUCCACACAGCCAAGCUCUGGGCACUUCUUACUCCAAACGAGGGUACAACGUCUUCAUCAGCGAGACGAUUUCGUUCCUCAUUAAUAUUUAUCCAAAAUCCGCUCGCAUAGCACGCGUAAUAGGCAAGAAACUAGGCCAAUUUCUGGUAAAGCUAACACAACAAGGCCUCAAAGCGGAAGACUUGGAGUUAUCGGGGCUCAGUCUAGGUGCGCACAUCGUUGGUUUUGCGGCCAAACACUUUUACGCUGUCACUGGGAAGAAACCUUCUAGAAUCACUGGUUUGGAUCCUGCUGGACCUUGCUUCAGAUCUUUACCACCAGAAAUGCGCCUCAGCGCUUCGGACGCCGAACGUGUGGCUGUGAUCCACACAAACAUGGACGGCUUCGGCAUUGCAGAACCUUUGGGUCAUGUAGACUUCUACGCAAACGGAGGGGAAUUUCAACCAGGCGACUUCAUCUGGAUUCCUUGCCUCGUUGUAUGUAGCCAUGUGAAAUCUGUUCUUUACUGGUGGCAAGCGGUUGAACAUCCUAAAAAGUUUUUGGCUGUCAAAUGUGAUACGGUGCAAGAUGCUAGGCUUGCCAAUUGUUUUAAAAGCAAUGAGACCAAUUACUUUGGUAUAGAGACGCAAUUUGAUAAACCUGGUGUAUAUUACUUGCCUACUAUGCAUAGGUUUCCUUAUUACAUGGGGAAGGAAGGGUUGAAACCUGGAAAUGAAGAUUAUAAUGCUUUACUAAAAACAGCCAAUUCUGAAGAUGAAUUGACUUUGUGACGGGAAUAAAGGAAAGUAAUGUGUUUAAAAGUAAAGUGUUUCGUAGUAGCAGAGCUUCUUUUCAAAGAGUUCGUUUAGAAACUGCCAACUAUUUCUGCCACCUAGC